AUGAGCGGUAAUCGACUGGAAUUCGAAAACCCAAUAGAGGAUUCGAUUUCGAGGCUCAGAUUCUCCCCCGAAUCGAACAAUCUACUUGUUGCUUCUUGGGAUUCUUAUCUGAGAUUGUAUAAUGUUGAGAGGUCUUCGCUAAUUGUGGAAUUGUACUCUCCGGCUGCUCUUCUUGAUUGCUGUUUCGAGAAUGAAUCAACUUCAUAUACCUCUGGUUCCGAUGGUUUCAUACGAAGGUACGAUUUAAAAGCCGGAACAGUUUAUACAAUUGGCAGACAUGACGACAUUGCAACAUCCGUUGUGUAUUCUUAUGAAAAAGGUGAAGUUAUCUCUACUGGUUUGGAUGAGAAGAUCAAAUUCUGGGAUCCAAGACAAGGAGAAAGUCUUCUGUUUUCGAUUGAUGGUGGUACAGCAGUGCGAUGCAUCACUGUAUCUGGAAACAACUUAGUAGUUUGCGUUGAAGCAUCAAUGCAUAUAUAUGAUUUGCGCAAUUUAGACCAACCUUUUCAGUCAUAUGCAUCACAAGUUGAGGUGCCAAUCAGAUGUGUCACCUCUGUGCCCCAUUCCAAAGGAUAUGCAGUUGGCUCAGUAGACGGACAAGUAGCCUUGGAUUUCCCCGAUACAUCAUGCUCUAGUGAGAUUAAAUACACUUUCCGAUGUCAUCCCAAGUCUAGGAAUGGAAGACUUAACGGUGCAUGCAUAAACGCAAUCGAAUUCAGUCCAUGUGGGUCAGGGACUUUUGUGACUGGUGACAACGAAGGCCACGUUAUCUCAUGGAAUGCGAAAAGCAGAAGACGACUCUUUGAGUUGCCAAGGUACUCAAACAGCAUCGCGUCUUUGGCGUUUAACCACACUGGAGAGCUCUUGGCAGUUGCAUCAAGCCACACUUACCAAGAAGCUAAAGAGAAGUGA